UCAACUUUCGCGGGCAGGACAUGCUAUAAAAGCAUAGAUAGCAGAGUAAGCUUGAACAAGGAGCAAAUUAAGCAAUCUUUCAAAGGGUACUAGUAAUUCAAAAUGGCUUGUGUAAUUGGGUACGUCGAGUUACUAGUAGCGGUCGUAUGCUUUGUCCUACUUCGCCAUUGGAGGGUGCACAGAAACACUUCCGUAAUCAUCACUAACUGGCCACUUGUUGGUAUGCUUCCAGGGCUCCUUAGAAACGUCUCAUGCAUCCACGAUUUUGCUUCCCACCUUCUCCAAAAAGGUGGGGGAACUGUUGAGAUCAAAGGCCCUUGGUUGGCUAACUUGGAUUUCCUGGUCACUAGUGAUCCUAUGAAUGUGCAACACAUUUUGAACAAAAGUUUUGCAAACUAUCCCAAGGGACCUGAGUUCAAGAUGAUCUUUGAACCAUUAGGAGAUGGCAUUUUCAAUUCUGAUUCCGAUUUAUGGAAAUUUCAAAGAAAAAUGUUCCAAUUAUUGAUGGCAAAGAGCAAAUUUGAGUUGUACAUGGAGAAAACCAUCCACAGAAAUGUGGUGGAUGGGCUCAUCCCACUUCUUCAUCACGUUUCCACAACAGAAAUUCAGGUUGACUUACAAGAAGUAUUCCAACGGCUAACCUUUGACAAUAUAUGCUUAUUAGUGUUAGGCUUUGAUCCUCACUGUCUUUCUAUUGAAUUCCCUGAAGUUGCUUAUGAAAAAGCUUUUGAUAAUAUCGAAAGGAUUGUCUUGCUCCGGCAUGUUCAACCUCAAAGCUGGUGGAAGUUGCAGAAGUGGCUUCAAAUUGGAGGAGAGAAACAACUAGCGGAAUCAUUGAAAGUUUUCGAUGAAUUCUUACACCAAUGCAUCUCUAAGAAACAACAUGAAUAUAACAGAAUUGAUCAAAAAGACGAAUCUAACUUCGACAUGCUCACAAUUUAUAUGGCAGAACAACAAAAGCAAGGACAAAGAGAGUACCUUGGUAUGAGUUCCGACAAGUUUCUCAGGGACACAGCACUCAAUUUCUUGGUAGCAGGGCGUGACACCAUAGGUUCAGCUCUCACUUGGUUUUUUUGGCUAGUCUCGACCCACCCAUUUGUGGAAACUAAACUUGUCGAAGAAAUAAAUGAGAAAUUAACACCAAAACAUGAUGACAAGGCUAAGGUUUUCGGUGCAGGGGAGGUGAGUAAAUUGGUUUAUCUCCAUGCAGCACUGUAUGAGUCAUUACGACUGUAUCCACCAAUUCCAAUCAAUCACAAAGCCGCAUCUCAAUCGGACACACUUCCAAGUGGUCAUCAUAUAAAGCAAAACCAGAGGAUUUUGAUUUCUUUCUAUUCCAUGGGAAGGAUGGAGGAGAUAUGGGGCAAAGAUUGCUUGGAAUUUAAACCAGAGAGAUGGAUUUCCGACAAAGGUGAAAUUAUUUAUGUACCAUCUUACAAAUUCACGGCGUUUAACAAUGGUCCUCGUUCAUGUUUGGGUAAAAACAUGACUUUUCUUCAGAUGAAAAUGGUCGCGACCGCCAUGUUAUGGAAUUUUCGAUUUCAAGUGGUGAAAGGGCAUCCAAUUUCCCCUGAUAUGUCUGUCAUACUUUACAUGAAACAUGGACUCAAGGUUAUAGUAUCCAACAGAUUUUGUGGUGCUUAGUAUCUAUUCUGCUUUAUUAAUUAACUAUAUGUUACUGAUAGAGAUUAGUAGUUCACGUGAGUCUAUCUUCAAGAUUCCCUUAUCUGUUGUAAAUAGUUUUUAUCAUUACUCAUUUGUAGUCAUCUACACCAACUGUAU